AUGGAUGAGCUCGACCUGAUCACUUGUGUUCUCUUGGAGGACAAUGAGACGAAGUGGGCUAGAUCGACGAGGAAAUUCGAAAAAGCACUGAGCGAUGGCGAACCAGAUACCGCCAUGGCGGUGGUCCUCGCAGUCAAGAAGCGGUGUACCUGGAUUACGGAGGCCCAAACUGCCGAACUCGAUGUGCUGCAUGAUAGGGCCAGCGCCGCGCUCCGGCAGAGGCUGCAGGAGCUCGAAACGCAGGUAUCGAUGCAGACUGGCGGCAGCAGCUCAUCUGAGCAGCCGACGGAUGUGGGCUCUUGGGCUUUCCAGAAGCGGCUUAUUGAGGCGGCACGCAAGCUUGGGGAUUCGAAUGCGGCAAUGGGAUACGCCUUGCUCGUCUAUUGCCAACUGUCAGACACGUACGACGAGGACGACAACGACGACUUUUGGACGGUCUUCUCAGAAGUAUCAAGCGAGAACAACAGAGUCAUCAUAGAGAAUAAUCGCCCUGGACGCAGGACAGAAUGGUUCAACUGGCAUUUUCGCGGCAUCCCCCCUGGAACCAGCAUCUACUCGGAGGACGCCUCUGUGAAGGCAGGGCCGGUUGGCUUUAAGCGCACAUGGGCCUUCCAGAAGGAACUCAUUCAGAAGGCACGGGAUGACGGAAAGGUCUAUGAAGCAAGGGAACACGUCAACUACGCCCUUCAGUCCAUGUCCACAAUUAGAGCCAGCAGUGACGUGGACGAGCUCUUGGACAUAAAGGCCUUGGUCGAAGUCGAGGUAAAGCAAGCGCAAAGCAAGGCGUCCAUUUUUGGCCGCAUCAAGAGCAAGUUCUGUUAG